UCUUCUGAAACAUACAAGAAACCUGGUCUGUGUGUUCCAGGUUUGAGCAGGGUAAUACGUUUCUCUGUUCCAAUAUUGCUAGACAAGAACCCCUGCAAAUGCCAACAAUUUGUACCUUCUGUGUCGGAGUCCACACAAGUGCGCCUACAAUAAGUUUUACGAUGCUGCAGUCUCCAGCCAGUUACAUUGAGUAAAGAUGGCGGCCAGUUCGGAGCGUAGUCCCCCUCCCUUCCCCGAAUCCGAGGAUCAGGAGCCCGACCCCGAGGCAGGGGAUGGAGACAGCGACGAAGGAGAGGAUAUCUUCACCGGCAAAAGCAUUCCAGUGGAAACUGAGAAAGAGUCACUUAUUCCACCAACUGAGGCUGUCAGCGAACCACAGGCUGAUAUCUUCAAUGAGCCUCCUGCUGAUAUCUUCAACGAACCGCCGGCCGACCUCUUCAGCGAGCCGCCAGCUGAUAUCUUCACUGAAGAGUCUGUUACCACCUCUGCCGUCACCUCCAGCAACACGGUCACUAACACCCAUACUAAUUCCAAGACAAAUGGCAUACAUUCAGACGAUGAAGAGCAAGAUAUAUUUGCAGAGGCCACUGUGGAGCUGUCCCUGGAUAGCCCUGCAAACGACAGGAAGAAGAAGGAAUCGGCCAAGCCUCCUGCGUCCGUCCCGUCUGCCGCCGUCGCGCCCAGCACCUCGAAAACGCAGCCCAAGUCUCUGGAGGAGCUGGAAGAGGAGGAGAGCGAGGACAAGUUCGAGUUGAACAUUGCUGUUACUAACCCUGAAAAAGUUGGGGAUGGCAUGAAUGCUUAUAUGGCCUACAAAGUUUCCACACAGACCACGUUGCCAAUGUUUAGAAAUAAGACGUUUACAGUGAGGAGGAGGUUCAGCGAUUUCCUGGGACUGUAUGAGAAGCUCUCUGAGAAGCACUCACAGAAUGGAUACAUCGUGCCCCCACCGCCAGAGAAGAGCAUUGUGGGGAUGACCAAAGUGAAAGUGGGCAAAGAGGACCCCUCUUCUGCAGAGUUUGUGGAGAGGAGGAGAGCGGCCCUGGAAAGGUAUCUCCAGAGAGUGGUCUGUCAUCCGUCCCUGUUACAAGACCCAGAUGUCCGCGAGUUCUUGGAAAAAGACGAGUUGCCCAGAGCGGUGAGCACGCAGACGCUGAGUGGAGCUGGCUUCCUGAAGAUGAUAAACAAGGCCACAGAUGCAGUCAACAAGAUGACCAUCAAGAUGAAUGAGUCAGACAUUUGGUUUGAGGAGAAGCUCCAGGAGGUGGAGGUUGAGGACCAGCAGCUCAGAAAACUCCAUGCUGUGGUGGAUUCCCUCGUCAACCACAGGAAGGAGCUCUCGGCCAACACGGCGGUGUUUGCGAAGAGCGUGGCGAUGCUGGGCAGCUCGGAGGACAACACAGCCCUGUCCCGCGCGCUGUCUCAGCUGGCCGAGGUGGAGGACAAGAUCGAGCAGCUGCACCAGGAGCAGGCCGGCAGCGACUUCUUCAUCUUCGCCGAGCUGCUGGCGGACUACAUCCGCCUGCUGGGGGCUGUGCGGAGCUGCUUCGACCAGCGCAUGAAAACUUGGCAGCGCUGGCAGGACGCUCAGAACACCCUGCAGAAGAAACGUGAGAAUGAGGCCAAGCUGCUGUGGGCCAACAAGCCUGACAAACUUCAGCAGGCCAAGGAGGAGAUCACAGAGUGGGAGGGCAAAGUCACUCAGUAUGAAAGAGACUUUGAGAGGAUCUCUGCGACUGUUCGCAAGGAGGUGCUCCGCUUUGAGAGAGAGAAGGCCAGAGAUUUCAAAAACCAGAUAGUCAAAUACCUGGAGUCUCUUCUACGUUCACAGCAACAGCUCAUAAAAUACUGGGAAGCAUUCCUACCUGAAGCAAAAGCAAUCGCGUGAUGACGAGCACGAACUCGGAGAGAGAGAGAAAAGGCUGCCUUUUUAUACACUUUACCUCUCGCCUAUAAACCAAGAAGAGAACCCGAGAUACUCUGCAAAGAGAAAGAGAAUACAAUCUAAUCCAUCUUUUUUUAAUUCAUCAUAAACCUAUAGCUCAUCAUCUUAACUAUUGUAUUGAUAAUUGUAUAUUUUUCAUUUAACUUCCACAUAUAUUUUCUUAAUGACAAAACAAAAAAAACAACUUUAUCUCUGACAGAUAUGACCGCUUGGUGGCAGGGUGUCUUUUUUUAUGUAUGGAAAUGUAUUCUAUAUUAGGGGCAGGGGAGGAUCUAUGAGGUGGGGCAGGGUGGGAUGGGGUGGGAGGCUGUGCCCCAUCAGAAAAUCCAUAGUAAUUGUACCACUAAUUGUAUUGGUGCUUGUGCAGCCGUAGUGGUUUUGAUAGGUUGAGAUAUCAAGGAGGAAAAUUGCACAGUUCAGCAUUGCUAUUUGUUUACAGUAGACGGCCCUCUCCCAAUGUGCACGCCCCCUAGUGGUAUGACAGAAGUUUACACCCACUCUUCUUCCACACUGUAGUUUGCAGAUUUUACACCCAGGGUUUGCAGCGAGUGUGGGUUAGUGGCAAGGGUACGGUGGGUUACUGCCAGUAAUCUUAGAGGAUGGAAAGACCGCGUGUGAUUAGCUGAUGAAGUAGCCCACUCCUGUUAUUGGCAGCUGAAAGUAAGUCCUCCAACCAGCAAGCCGUGCUGUUCUUUCACAAAGCUAUUGUUUCUGAAGAGUAAUUCCGUCUCCAGUUACUGAAACAGUUUGUAAUUUGUCCUGUAACUAAUGUAUUGCGUAUACAUUAACUGAAACUUUUUUUUUUUUGUCUUCAGUGAUGAUUCACAAAAAAAAAAAUAAAAGGUACAGUUUCUUUGAUGUCAAUCUUGUAGAGCAUUUGGAAGGACCUCUCUGUACACUGUAAUAUUGGAGAUCAAAGGUGAAACGUCUCAGUGACACAAACCAUUUCUGGACCUUGCAGACUAACUUGGUUUGAAUAUCCAGUAUUCUGUAGUUUAGGAUUAACCACUAAGUGUCAAUGUAGUUUGUUUGAGUGGUCAAAGCAGCAGAAAAAAAAUGCAUGGUUCUUUUGAAGGUGGCAUAUUAAAUGCACUGAGGAGAAAUAUGAUAUGUUGCACUUGAUAAUGGGACUAUUGAGCAAAUCUUCACAGGCAUUUUCAGUGCACACCCCGAGGGUAUGACGUCAGCACAUUGUUCCCACAAUGCCUUGCAGGGACAUCAGCUUUGUUGACUUUGUGGUGGAGUCUUCCCCAUUAUCCACACACUUGCUUUCUGAAAUUCCAAGAAGCGAAUGCACUUCCACAACAGUACGGAACACAUAAACCUUAUGUGCUCACACCAACGGAAUGGCAGAAUGGCGUCCAUAUUAAGAAGCAUCCAUGUUAUGUUUUUGCACAUGUUUAAUUGGUAAUUUGAAUUGUAGUGGUGUAAAGGCAGGUUGCAGGUGAAUGGUCUUGCUGUGCCAGUGCUCAGCUCUUUUCGUACCCAUUCUCUGUUCACACGAGCCUGUUUGGCGUGUCACCCAUGAAUCCGUCUCACUAGCUAAACGCAGAACAACAACACCAAAGCCGGUGAUUCUCAUAACAGUUCAUGGCUAGUGGUCGUUAUUAAGAAGUGCUGGGUCUUUUGGUUACAGCUUGACCUACUACAGCCAGCAUAACUUGAAUCCAGACUUGAUAAAGAACUAGCCUUGUUUGUUCUCUUGGCUUGUACCAACUUUCCAUGCUUUUUUUUUUUUUUUGUUUUGUUUUGUUUUAGGCCAUACUUGGAAGAGUGUUAUUUUAUGUACCAUAGGUCUCUGUACACAUCUAAGAUGCCAUGUAUUUCUACAUUGUUUUGAGAAAGAAAUGUAUGACAAAGAAAUGCAGGUCUGUUAAUUGAGGAGGUCAGAACAGGUCAAUUCCUUUGUUACUUAACUAAUAUGUGAAUUAAGGUUAGGUGUCAGUGUCUCUUUUUUCUUGUGCUAAUUUGCUGCAACUCAAACCAUAUAAUAUCUGUUCCUCCACAUCCCUCUCACCCUGUUGAGAAGGUUUAUUUUUCUUUAACACCUUAUCAGUAAUGGCCACGCUGCAGAGAACAUACAUUUUAUGUUUACUCUGGGGAUGUUUGUAAUAUGCCUCUUAUGUUAGCUCAGUCAUGAGAUAGUUUGCUUUA